UGGUCGCGGUUCCCUUCCAGUUGAGUCGCGUCCGUCGAAGUGUGAGCUUCGUCUUGUCACGACCUGCUGCCCGAGAGAUCCCGCGGAUUCUCGAACGCGCGCCUCUGUGUCAUCGUGUGAAACACAGCCGGAAGCGAGGAGACAAUGGCCUGCAACAGAGCCGCCAAGUCCGGAUUUGCCGCCGAGGCGCAGAGAAAGAUCAAUAGCAAGUACAGCGAGGAACUGGCUCAGGAAUGUCUGGAAUGGAUCAAAGCGAUCACCGGCGAAAACAUAAAUACGAACGGCGACAUGGACAACUUCUACGAGAUCCUGAAGGACGGCACUAUGCUGUGCAGAUUGGUGAACGACAUCAAAGAGGGCUCGGUGAAGAAGAUUAACAAAACGUCGUUGGCGUUCAAAUGCAUGGAGAAUAUAAAUGCCUUCCUGGAGGCUGCGAAGGCACUGGGCGUUCCGGCGCAAGAGACCUUCCAGACGGUGGACCUCUGGGAAAGGCAGAAUCUGAAUUCCGUUGUUAUUUGCUUACAAUCUCUCGGAAGAAAGGCGGGCAAUUACGGCAAACCAAGUAUCGGUCCUAAAGAAGCGGAUAAGAACGUACGCAAUUUCACGGAAGAACAACUGAGGGCCGGUCAAGGUGUGAUAAGUCUACAAUACGGCAGCAAUAAGGGCGCCAACCAGAGCGGCAUCAAUUUCGGAAACACCAGACACAUGUAAACAUCCUCCUCCGCAUCCUUUCGCCGUGGCAAAUCGCUUUAUUCUCAUCUGUCCUCUGUUCCCGUGUCCACACAACUACUUUAGAAAUAUAUAUACGUACAUAUAUGUGUAUGUAUAGCGUAUUGCAUAAUAUAUGUUCAUCGAGGUCCAAGAUAUAACGAACGAUAUAUAAGGCAUCUUUGCCACAACAAGGGACAAAACGAUACAAGGCACGAGACUUUCUCAAAUAGAGAAGUGACGUAAGAGAUAACUUAAAAGAACGACUUGAAUAAAACUAUACUUAGGUUGUGUAACUAGUAUGAACUAUUUAAUUUAACUUGUUCUCGGUAUCUUGCGUCACUUUUACUUCACGCAAUGAUUCGGAAUAAACGUUGUUGAUGAUGUCAUACUUGUCGUCAAAGUGUGAUAAAGUAAAACAGCGUAUCCUACGAAAGAGAUCUACGUAGGUUUUGUAUACCGUUUCCUGGUUUACACACUCGAGGAGGGAGAGCCAUCUUCUUACAUAUGUAAUGUACGUAUACUCGUUUGCACAACAGUUUUUGCACACGUUUCUUUUUUUCCGAUGAAAUUAGGAGCGCAUCAAAUGGACACGAUUGCAAACUACUCAUAAGCUUGCGUGAUGAUCGGUUACAACGAAGAUCGAAUGACAGUAUAUAGUGUAAAUAGUAAUAUUCUCACUUAAUAUUAUUUAUCUAAUACAUACCAUGUAUAUUGUAUAUCAUCUAUAUUGUACCAAUAGAAAGAUGAAAGAUAAAUAGAUGAAAGUAUUUACACUUUUCCUGAAUCUCCUCUGUUACAGUUGUGAUAUUUCGUAUACUAUCACUUCGGAUCUUGUUGUGCAAACGAGUGUAUAACGCUUGAAUCGUUGUACCGAACGAUUUGCGAUGUAUGUUGCGACUACGUAGUUCUCAGGACAGGAAUACGCAAAACAUUCUUACGUUACAAAAGAACAAAGACAACGUGUAUGUGUGUAUGUGUGUGUGUGUGUGUGUGUAUGUAUGUAUGUAUGUGAGAAGCACUAGCUUGGAUAGCCGCUGUCACAUUUGUUAAAUGUUACAAAGUAUAUAUAUCGUAUGACAACGUGCAUUAAUAGUUUCAACAUGCGCCUACACUCACAACAGUCAUAUUUCUCUAUUAUAUUUAAGAUACUUUUAUCGUUUUACAUGGUCAAUAAUAUGAUUAGACUGCUUUAUUCUAUGAAAGGAUGAGAAAUAGUCGAUGAACUGCGUGUCAUGGUAUCUUGCGAAUGCGGCCGCACCAUUAAUACAAAUCAAAACACACAGAUCGACAUAAUAGCCUUAAUACGCAAUAUAACUGGAUUCAUAAUAAUAAUAAUUAAAAGGCUCUUAGAUGCACAAUCAUGCGUAAAUAAGUAGGGUCUAUAAGAGCUGAGCGCUGGGAAGAAAUGCGCAUUUAUUCAAACUUACAAUUAGGAACAAAAAUUGUGCGCUGGAUGUAAUUGUACUUUUAUGAGAACCGCAGUCAAAAAAUACAAACAAACUUAACAGGGUAUCGUAACAUAUCCAAGGGCACUAUUCUUAAUAAAUUAGAUGAAAAUGAAUGAUGUUAUGGACGGAAUGGAAAGAGAGCUUUCGCAAUUUACUAGACUGGGACACGAACCCGGAAUAACGGUUCCGAGUUCGUGUCCCGGUCUAGUAAAUUGCGAAAGCUCUCUUUCCAUUCUGUCCAUAACCUCCUUCAUUUUCAUCUAAUUUAUUAAUAGUCCUGUUUGAUGCCCUGUUAAGUUUGUUUGUAUUUUUUGACUGCGGUUCUCAUAAAAGUACAAUUACAUCCAGCGCACAAUUUUUGUUCCUAAUUGUAAGUUUGAAUAAAUGCCUCCCAGCACUCAACUCUUAUAGGCCCUACUUAUUUACGCAUGAUAAUUAGAUUACUAAUAUUUUUUAAUCGUACACAUUUGUUGCUAAACAUUAACGCAAAACUAUCAUAGUAAGAAAUUGUUUUGUCAAAUUGUUCUCGCUUCUCAACAAUCGGACGUUAUGUAUGCUAUACUACUUUUUAGAUCGAAAACUACACGAUUUUCUUACAACAUAUAAGAUUGAAGAUUGCAUAAGCAAUUCUAGUUACAAUAGUUCUAAUUAUAAUGGUUUCGAUUUUAUGUUCAUAUGUUGAAAUCGUGUAAUUCUCGAUAAGAAAUGGUACGAGAUUCGUGAUGUCAUAAUCUACAAAUAAUAAUGCGUGGAUCUAAACAAUUCUAAUAACUUAAUUGCAUUAAGACUAUUAUGCCAAUCUGUCAGUCUACAACAAAUAGCCACCAAACUCCAGCUAGUUGCUGCAAUGGAACAUCUUCUGAGUUACAGUGUAACCAAAUUGUCUUACAAAUUUUUAUGUUGCACGUGAGAUAAUAAUUAUUAUGAUAAAAUAUAUAAUAAAUGAUAUAUAUAAUUAUAUUAAGUAUUUUGUACAAAUAUAUAUUGAUGGUUAGAAGAAAUAUAAUUUUUCAUAAUGUAUAAUGUGGUAUGAGUUAAUAAAUAAUGCAUCAACAAGUGA